AUGCUGAGCUCCAAUCGCCAGUUAGCGCCAGCAUCUCACUUCACAGCAACAAACAUCAACCGUGAACAAUGCCAUGAGCCAUACCACCACCACCGCGCGCCUACACCAGGCAUGAGCCAAGUAACGAAGCCCCUUCCGGCCCUGUACACGGUCUACGUCCUGCGCUCGACGGUGCGGCACGCGUCGCUGUACAUCGGGUCGACGCCGAACCCGCCGCGGCGGCUCAAGCAGCACAAUGGCGACGUCAAGGGCGGCGCGGCGCGCACCUCGCGGCACACCCUGCGGCCGUGGGAGAUGAUUGUCCUCGUGUCGGGCUUCCCCAGCAUGAUUGCCGCAUGGGCGCUCACGAACCCGCACCUGUCGCUGCACAUACCCGACGAGUCGCGCCUCGCCGUCGCCACGCAGCGCAAGAGGAACGGCAUGCCCAGGCGCCCGCCGCACAGCCUCAAGUCGGUCGUCUCGAACCUGCACCUGCUGACCGGCGUGCCGAGCUUCGCGCGCUGGCCGCUAAGCCUGCACUUCCUGGCGAGAGAGCCGCACGUCGCGUGGAGGACCUGGCUCGCGACGUCGGGCAAGCCCAGCAGGCCUGGGCUGCGCGUCCUGACAGACUACGAAGACGGGCCAGCGCCGCCGCCGACGAGGGACAACGCUGUCAGAGACGGCGAUACGGCGACGGAGACAGAGGCAGCGGCAGAGGUCUCGCAGCGGGGCAUAUACAGCCUCCCGCUGGACUACAAGCCCAUCAAGGCGUACGUCGAAAAGGCAAACGAGGUGGUGUCGUUUGAGCGCGAGGGGGCGUGCGUGCACUGCGGCGAGGAGCUCGCGUCGGGGAGGGGGCUGCACGCAAUGUGCCCCAACGACGGGUGCACAGGCAUGGGCCACCUCGAUUGCUGGAGCAGGCACGCGCUGUCUGGCGAUGGCGACGGCGAAGUGAUUCCCGACCUUUGCAAGUGUCCGUCGUGUGGGGGCGAGGUGCGCUGGGGCGACAUGAUGAAGGAGUUGAGUCUCCGGGUUCGGGGCGCAAAGGAGGUGGACAAGCUGCUCAAGAAGAAGACGACAAAAAAGGCGGCAGCGACGACGACGACGACAACAGCGUGA